AUGCUUUUCUCUGGCACGGAUAAUCUCAUUGCCGAACUCGGCUGCAUGUGGGAGCAUAUGCAGAUGCGCAAGGACUACUUCAAGGGUCAACCUGGCUACGAAGGAUAUCUAAACCACCGUGUUGCAGCCUUGCCCGAGAUCCUGUCCGAUGGUGGAUACUUCACCGUUCUAUCGGGCAAGUGGCACCUUGGAUUAACCAAAGAGUUCGCCCCUUGUUCUCGUGGCUUUAAGAAGAAUUUUACCUUCUUACCAGGCUCGGGUAAUCACCAUGCCUAUGAACCGCAGCUAGAUGAUGCUGAUAAUUGGUUCUGUGCUUUGUGUACUGAUGGGCAUUGGAUGGAGGGUGACGAGUUGCUCAAUCGCAGGACAGACUUGCCUGAGAGUUUCUUUUCCACCGCCAGUUUCACAGACAAACUGUUGGACUUUUUCGCCAAUCGAUCAGAAGAAGAAAGGGAACAGACCUUCUUCACUUGCUUGCCCUUUACAGCCCCUCAUUGGCCGCUUCAAGCCUCCAAAGAGAGGAUCGCCAAGUAUGCUGGCAUGUACGAUGACGGCCCCGAUGCGCUCACCCAGAGACGUCUUACCCGACUAAAAGAUCUCGGACUUGCUCACAAAGACGCCAAGGCACCUCCUCCUGUUGCGAGCGCCAUGACUCCAGAGGGGAAUGAUCUCUCGCCUGAUGACAAGAAACGAUCUGCCAAGACUAUGGAGAUUUACGCCGCCAUGGUUGAACAGAUCGACGAGAAUAUUGGGCGAGUGGUGGAGUACCUCAAGGAGAGCCAAGAGUUGGAUAACACUUUUAUCCUCUUCGUGUCGGAUAACGGCGCUAAGGAUGCAGCCAUGGAGGCUCUGCCGCAGAUCAUGGGCGGCCCGAGCACGAUGGCAACUAUCAUCGAACAGUACUACAACAACAGCACAGAGAACCUCGGUAACAAAGAUUCGUUCAUCUGGUAUGGCCCUAGCUGGGCAAAUACUGGAACUGCUCCGAGCAGGGGCGUCAAAGGUACGACUGUCGAGGGCGGAAUCAAAUGUCCCUGUAUUGUGCGUUAUCCUCCCUUGCAACCACAACCAGGGAGCAUCAGUAACUCGUUUGUCACCGUCAUGUAUAUUUUACGCACAAUCCUCGAGCUAGCGGGACUUGAGCAUCCUGGCAAGACAUAUCGUGGCCGUGAAGUUGCGCACCCUCGUGGCAAGUCCUGGGUACCACGCCUCGCUUCAAAGAAGUCAGAUGAUGAAUCCAUACACGGAGAUGACACGCGCAUCCAUGGCUGGGAACUCUUUGGGCACAGAGCAAUUCGCCAAGGGAACUGGAAGGCUGUGUGGGAUCCAAAGUUGGAAAACGAGAGAUGGCAGUUGUUCAAUCUGGCAAAAGACCCAAGUGAGCAGAGUGACAUGGCCGACAAAAACGCGGAGGUUUUGGACAAGUUGGUGUUGUUCCGGGAUCAAUAUGUGGCCGAUACGGGCAUGAUUCCAUCACCAGCCUUUUAA